UGAGCGCUGUCUCCUCACAUGCUGAACGUCAGUACCAUUUUGUUUAUGAAGCAAAGACCAUGUCUGAAGCACAGAGAUACUGCAGAGAGAAACACACAGACCUGGCCACUGUAGACAGCAUGGAGGUUGUGCAGCUCCUGAACGACAAGUUAGAUCCAAACAAACUGAGCGAACACGGAAACAUUUAUCGAGUCUGGAUAGGGCUGUACGAUGACGUGGACAGCUGGAUGUGGUCACUGUCAGACACAAGCUUCUUCAAACCGCGGGAGACGAAGUUCAGACAAUGGGCGUCUGGAGAACCAAACAACAAAUACAGUGUCGAACACUGCACACUCAUUAUAUCUAAUAAUGGACUAUGGAAUGAUGGUGGUUGUGCUGCUAGAGUAAACGCAGUCUGCCUAGAUGUCAGAGGGCCGAAUGUGACAUUUGUCCUCACUGACAGCAAAAUGAACUGGACUGAGGCCCAGAGCUACUGCAGAGAACACCACACAGACCUGGCCAGUGUGAGAAACAAGACAGAGAACCAGCAGAUUGUUGAGCUGGUAUCUGGAGGGUAUUAUUAUUAUUGGAUCGGCCUUUACAGAGACUCCUGGAAGUGGUCGGAUGGAAGUUUCUCCCCCUUUAGGUACUGGGCUGGAGGUGAACCUAACAACAGAAACUAUAAUGAAGCUUGUGUGGUUGCAGCUUUCCACGACUCUGGAAAAUGGGAGGACGCGGACUGUGGGUUGAAGAAACCAUUCAUUUGCUACGGACCUGUGCCUGUUUCAAUGAAAGUGAUAAAGGUGAGCGUGGAGAAACCAAACGGUGUGGAACUGAACGACCCCGCUUUUCUGGAUGCGAUGUUGGUGGAGGCGAAAAAGAACCUAAGGGCCCAGGGAUUGGACGACAACGUCCAACUGGCCUGGAGGAAGCAGCCGGAUGGACAAGUCUUCCACGAGGAGGAGGAGGAGAAGAGGGAUGAGCUCUAAAGCUGAAUUGCUGUGUCGGCUUUUAUCAGAGAAAAGUGUAUUUCUUUCCUCAAAGUCCUCAUGCGACAGAAUUCAGCUGCAACAAUGAUCUGAAUAAUCUAUUAGUUACGAUCAUUUUGAUAGAAGAUAGAGAAUUUAAGGCUUUUCCUUGUUAUAUAUGGUUUUGAAUUUAAUAUGUUUAGGGUUUUUACUAUUGAAUGUAUUUGCUUGGCCGGUGGGAGAUAAUAAUAAAAUGUUUGGCUUUUGUUGAAUUUUGAUCAAGAUUAAAUGACCAAUAAAAAAAAUGACCUUUA